GGUUUUAAGAAUGUAAAUUUCGUAAAAAUGUUAUAUUUUUUAAAUUUGUCAACACCGUGUGUCAUUUUACAUCCACCAAGUUGUUGAUCGUUUUGGCUUUUAAAGGUGUGAUUUCGAUAUUCUUAUUGUACUUUAAGCUGUACAGACCGUAGUUUUGUUGUAAUCGCGAAAAUAACCUAUUAUGGUGUUGUGAGAAAAAAAUAACUAGGGUCACAAGAAGAAUGUCAUAAAAAAAAGAAUAAAAUGAUUUUUUGUUGAAUCUAAAGCACGUGUUCGAGUUAUUAGAGUUAAGUGAUAAUUUUGAAUAGUUUCUUUUGAGAUGGCAGCAAGGAAAAGGGGCAAUUUGCCCAAAUUUCAAGGAAUUAAUAUCACACCUCCACCAGUAAUCACUCCGCCAGCGAAUUUGGACACACGGACAACGAUAACGAUAGGCGAUAAAACGUGCGACGUUGAGGCGGACGAUCUGGUGAAAAUUUCCGAUCUCGGCCGAGGCGCGUACGGCAUCGUCGAAAAAAUGCGACACGUGCCUAGCGGCACGAUCAUGGCCGUCAAACGAAUCACCGCAACCGUCAAUACACAAGAACAAAAACGAUUGUUAAUGGAUCUCGACAUAUCGAUGCGCAGCAGCGCAUGCCCCUACACGGUGCAAUUCUACGGCGCCCUAUUUCGCGAAGGGGACGUCUGGAUAUGCAUGGAGGUGAUGGACAUGAGCCUCGACAAAUUUUACGCCAAAGUCUACCACCACAAGCAAAAAAUACCCGAAGAAGUUUUGGGUAAAAUAUCUCUAGCCGUAGUAAACGCGCUGCACUACUUGUAUUCCCAACUGAAAGUCAUACAUAGAGAUGUCAAACCGUCGAACAUCCUCAUAAACCGCAAGGGUGAGGUAAAGAUGUGCGACUUCGGUAUCAGCGGGUAUCUAGUCGACUCGGUAGCCAAAACAAUCGACGCCGGCUGCAAACCAUACAUGGCACCGGAACGGAUAGACCCUCAGGGUGAGCCCUCGAAAUACGACAUCCGCUCCGACGUUUGGAGUUUCGGCAUCUCCUUAAUCGAGCUCUCGACCGGUCGUUUCCCCUACCAAAAGUGGGGAACCCCCUUCGAGCAGCUGCAACAGGUGGUGACGGACGAGCCGCCAAAAUUGCCGGUUGACGGCUCGUUCAGCGAGGAGUUUGUCGAUUUCACCGUCAACUGCUUGAAGAAGAGCUACCAGGAGAGGUGGAACUACAACCAGCUGCUGGAGCAUCCGUUUUUGAUACGCGCGCGCGAAGUUGACACCGACAUUUCCGGUUUCGUUUCCGAUAUACUCGAUCUUCCGGAAAACCCCUGAGACUCCUGCGCGAUUUUUUAAUUUUAAUAAUGUUUUAAAGGAUUUUAUUUGAUUUUAAUGUAGCAGAAAAUUCUUUUUUAUUUUAACACUUUUUAUUUUAUCAAAAUUUUAUUUCAAGAUAACCCCAGUACAAAUAAACCGAACACCAGUAGAAAAUAAAUCGUUUGAAACAUUGUGUUCUUUAGAUAUUAAUAGUAAAAUUGACUGACAUGCAUAUUAUACUUAAAAACUAACCAACAAGGUAUUUUAACUACUAACACGACUAAAUCGAACAGAUCACUACCGCAAAAAAGUUAAAAUAUCUUGUGCCGAAAACUCAUUAGCUUUUAAGCCACCUACUUCCCAACAACAUUGAAAGUUGCAAUCAAGAAUUAUAUAUAUAUAUAUUUGGCUUGUUGAAAUUGAAUUUAGAGCAUAUUAUGAAUAACGAGACAUACGAAGAAAUCUCUAUUUACAAACGUGUGAUCAAUAAAUUAUAUUAUCAA